UAGGAAUUUCGUUUGAGACCAACAAUCGAGUACAGCUCCAGUUUUGUAUUAAUAUAUAAUACCAGUAAAGACAACAGUACAACUUCAAAUGAUCCUUGGUCAUGGGGCUUCCUCUGUCUCGACCCAAUGGCACUGGAUCAGUGAAGUUCAGUGUUUAUCCUUCGAAGUACCAGUCGCGGUUAUUUCAGAUGCGCUCACUGUUGCAAGGUCAGCGAUAUAAUGAGAGGUGUUACCCCAGCAUUCCUUACAAGCCUUACCCUGCAUCCUCGGCACACCAGAUAUCUGAUGAUGGACUGGUACUUAGGUUUAGGGCUAUACCUGAAAAGUUAGUUGGGUGUGACCUUCCUUCAGAAACCUACUGGUGGGUUGAUGCCCAGUUCCUGCCAUACAAUGACAGUCAGAUGAUUGUCACGUCUACUGCAUACAUUCCACGGGCCAACUUUCCCUGGUUGCCUGUCAAUGACAUACCAGCAGGACGAAUCCUGCUCUACACUAUUACCUUGUCACCCAUUGGAUGUGAAAAUUUUGUGCGUACCACAACGCGGUCAUACCCAAAGGUACAGCCUCACCCUCGAGGAGAUUUAGUAGGUUACAUUCAAAGCGGAGACGCACAUAUUCUCAAUCUGGACAAUGAGACGGUUUACUCUCAACCGAAAGACCUGAUGACCGGACCAUACCGCUUCAUGGCCAUUGCUCCGAAUGGCAUCCACCUGGCAAUGAUCUGCCGGGGUCAGGGCUUCUACUACCUAAAGGUCGCUCAGAUGGACGUGUUCUUCAGGAAGGUUCAGCAGGUAAGCUGUCACAAGCUGUGUCCUGGUUUCGUGGCGUGCCGGACGUUCACGGAUCAUGUGGAGUGUAGGUGGUCGCCGGACAGCCAGUAUCUCGGUGUCAGCUCGUCACUCGGUCGCAUGUUCGUUGUCAAUGCUUCUUCAUCGUUCUCUGAUGUUACCGUUGUAUGCCGAGAUCUCAUUGAAGAUGAAAUCAGCAAUGCCGGAUGUUUUGCCUUCGAUCCGCGGUUUGAUCACCAAGUUGUCGCUGUCGGAGGACGAUGCUCGUAUCAAGUUCACAUUGUUGAUGUAGAGACACAAUCGGUGCUCUUCUGUAUUCCGGGGGAGAGUGAGGAGGAUCCGGUUGACUGCGUGGAGUACACCUCCUCUGGUUCUCUUCUGGCUGUAGCCUUCCAUGACCUUGUGAUUCGGAUCUACAGUACAACUGACGGCUCUGAGAUUCACACUGUUGACAUGAAGGACUCGUGUCGCGACCUGGCAGCAAGACUUCCGUCCCUACAGUUCCCUGCCGUUCAGCGUCUCAGCUUCAGUCUGAGUGGAACUUUGCUGACGACUUCGAUGUGCGACGGGUUUGUGUCCGUCUGGAACAUUCCAACAAACUUCUCUCUGCGCUAUUUCUGUAAACUCAAAAUACUCACCAUGCUUCCUGUACGGUGCAUCAAGAAGCUCAACUUGCCAACAACAGUGAAGAAUUUUUUACUUUCAUGAACACGAGCGUUUUUUCUUUAAGAAUUGAAUGUGCAAAUUUUUUAUGUUCAUGUACACUUUGUAUGAAUAGUGGAACGCAAAGCCAUUCAGACAUAAGUAUGUAAAGCAUGUAGUUCCAUGAAUGUUAAAAACUAUCACUUUUAAAAUUUAUCAUUUCUAGUGUAGAGUGUAACUAUUUUAUGAAUAUAAACUACUACCAAAUAAUAAUCAAAUUCUUUCUUCAGGAUAUUAAUACACCGGACUGGGAAAAUCCGGCUCCAAUCCAGAGCGGGCUCAAUGGGUAGGUGUAAGGCCACUACACUCUCUUUUCUCUCACUAACCACUAACCAACUAACAACUAACCCACUGUCCUGGACAGAUAGCUGAGGUGUGUGUGCCCAAGACAGCCUGCUUGAAUCAUAAUUGGACAUAAGCACGAAAAUAAGUUGAAUGAAUGAAAUAUUGGUAAUUUGACUGCACAGGUUACGAUUCUCAAAAUACAGUAAAAUUGCUCAUAGCUUGGUUAAAUGCUGUUGAAGUUAUUCAACACUUGGUUAACUUGUGGUUAAGAUGUUCAACACCUGGUUCAUUUUUCAACACUUUGUUAACUUGUUGUUAGAUUCUGAACACUUGGUUAUAUAUAUUUAAAUCUGUGUUAAAGUUUCCCAACACUUUGUUAGCUUGUAGAUAAAUACAAAACAUGUAUUUUCAACCCUUGGUUCAGGUAACUGUGAUCCAGUUAAUUUAUGCAUGCAUUUGCCUUAAACCGAGGGUGGGACGUUGAUGCGCGGUCGGUUUGGCAUCGAUCCCUGUCUGUGGGCCCAUUGGGCUAUUUUUCAUUCCAGCCAGUGCACCACGGCUGGUAUAUCAAAGGUCAUGG